CAUAGUUAAUUCUAUAUGCAGUCUUUAAAUCCUGCAUAUACCAUCAAUAUAAUUUUCAAAUUUAAAGACUAUUAAUAAUGAUGAUUUAAUACUAUAUUUAAGUGGAUUAAGGAAUGCUGCCACCGCCAAAGAUAGAAGAGAUAGAAUCUCCUAUCAUUGAAUCAGAGGUGAGUCCCACCGAAGACAGCAGUAUCAGUUCCACUGCUGUCAAAAAACCAGUUAAGAAUCCAUUUUCUGUCAAGCCAAACAAGAAAACUACUAUCAAACGAGAUGCAAAGGAUAUAUAUCCCGUCAAGAAAGGAUUGAAUAAACCUCAGAAUGUGGGUAAUAAGCCCAUAGAUCUAUUGUUUAAAGAUUUAGAAGAUAAAUUAGGUGAAACUCCAUAUCAUCAGAUCACCCUUGAUCAUCUUUAUCAAUCAUUCUUUUAUAAUGAUGAUGAACAAGAUCGAUUUCAAAAGAGAUUUAAAGUGAUUCAAGUCUUAUUUGAAAAGAUUAUUCAAAUCCAAACUCUUUCUGUUCAGAAUGCUAAUCAAUUCAAAGAUAAGAAUUUAAUCAAUAUCUCCCUUCAUGAUAUGAAAAUAUUCAGCAAAAUCAUUAAUCUUAUUAUUAUACAUGGAGUUUAUCCCACACUUACACCUUUCAAGAUAGGUGUUCCGUUUGAAAAGAGGAAUUUAAAUGAUUUUAAUAAAUUAGGAUUUAAAAUACCACAAGUGGAAUCAUUAUCUUCAUUACAGGAAAUUCAUAAAUUGAUGACAUUAAUAUAUACUCAGUUUUAUCGAAUAUUCUCAUUUGAAUCAGAUGUUAAAGAUCUUUUACUUAAAGGUACAGGGUAUUCUGAUUUCCUAACUAUAACUAUUGCUUUGAGGACUAUUCCUAACUUUCCUAAAUUCGCAUAUGAUGAUCAAUAUCAUACUGUUAUAAGUCUACCUCUGACAUUUGAAUUAUUUCAAACAUUCACAUUAUUAGCAAGCACAUCAUCACCUGCAUACUUCAAAAGACCAAUAAUCGAAUCACUUAUCACUUUACAUUAUGAUGCACCAAGAGGAGAUGGUGUAUUAACCUUGAUUGAGUUCGUGUUAGGAUUAAGAGAUCAAGAAGAGAUUAAUAUUGAAAAAUUCGAACAUAUCUCAAAUGUAAUAUUAACAAAACCAAAACAUUUAAAUACCGUCGAUUAUUUCAAAGUCAUAGGUCAACAGAUUUACGACUUAUUAAUCAAUAUCAAUCGUCCUAUAAUCACAAGUUGUUUAAGUUUUGUAUUGGAAAGAUUAUGGAAUCGAAAUGCAUUAGUAGCGAAAGAUUUCAUUCUUGUUAGAAUUUGGCGUAAUUUCAACCCCACUACAGAAAAUGUUAGUGAGGCAAAUUUAAACAAUGUGGUGAAUGUGCUUAUAUCAUUAACUAAAAGAUCAUUGGAUAGAGACUUGUUAUCAGCUAUAUUUCAACCAAUCUUACUUAAUAUCUGGUCAUAUUAUGUUUUUCUUAACAAGCAAACCCGAUCAAGUGAAGUUAUAACCGGGGUUUUGGUCAGUUAUUUCACAUCGAUGAAAGAAAAUCAAUCAUCUGAAUUAGAUAUCAUUGCUAAGAAUUUACUUUUUGAAAUGGAUGAUUUUGAAUUCGAAAUUGGACCUAAUGGUCUUGUACAAAUUUCGAAAAAGACAGCGAGUAUCACAUCUACAUCAAAGGAGAACAAAGUUAAUCAGUUUUUAAAUGAUUUAGAUUUUAAUUGUAAUAUAUUCAUAAAAUUAUUAGAAUCUUUAGAAGAUGAAGAUUUAUUACAUAAAUUAUUCAUAUCAAUUUUGAAAAGAUGGUUACAAACUCAGAAAGGUCAACAAUCACAAACUAUUGAAGAACAAAGUCCAUUUUUGAUUCUUAUUGAUUUAAGAUUAUUAGAAAGUAUGGCUAAUAAAUAUAAAGAUAGUUUGGCUAGUACUCCAUUUGAGAUAUUACAAAUCGUUUAUAAUUUCCUUUCCAUUGAUAUCGUCAAGAAGAGACCAACAACCACUAUCAAGUCAGAAUUGAUAAUUAAGAAAGAGGAAGGUGAUUCUGAUGAUGAAGAUUCCGAUGAUGAAGAUGAUUUUGAUGAUGACUUUAUACAACAAACUUUGCCUACUGUUUUAGAAUUGUUAUCAGCCAUCUUAUCUGAGCAUACUGUCGAAUUAGAUGAUGCCUCCAUUAUAGUUCUUAAACAGAUUCAAACAACAUUAACCCAACUUAUAAAAUCCCCUGAUUCAACCACCACCAUUAAAAAUUCAUGUCAAUCAUUAUUUGAACGAAUCGAUACUUUACUAAAUGGUGAAACACCAGUAACUAGUGAAUUGGAUGCUCAAAGAAAAAUCCUUAAACGUGCCAUUACAAACUUAAACGAUCCAUUGAUUCCUAUCAGAGCCCAUGGGUUAUAUUUAUUACGACAAUUAAUUGAAUUGAAAACAUCAGUAGUCACCCUUGAAUUUGUGAUUAAUUUACAUUUGAUCCAAUUAAAGGAUAGUGACCCAUUCAUCUAUAUCAAUGUUAUAAAGGGAUUGGAAAGUUUGAUUGACUGGGAUGAAGUUCAAGUUGUAAGUAUUAUGGCUAAUCUCUACGGAUCUAAAAGUGAAGAUAUCGAUGAUCGAUUAAAAAUUGGGGAAGUCUUACUUCGAUAUGUACAAAAGUAUAACGAGUUGUUUGUUGGUGAGAGUGCAAGAUUAUUAGUCGAGAGUUGUUUAAAUAUCAUCAGACGGAAAGUGUCGGAUGAACAAGAAGAAGAUAAUCGAUUAAGAAUGUCAAGUAUGUCAAUUCUCGGAGUCAGUUGUAAGACUAAUCCACUUGGAAUCAUGGAUCAUUUAGAAGAUGCUUUAGAUUGUGCAAUUGGAAUCCUACAAUUAGAAACUUCUAAAGAUGAAGCAAUAAUGAGAAGAGCCGCCAUUGUAUUAAUCAAUGAUAUGAUUAUAGGUACAAGUUCAGUAGAUUCAACCGUUCCAUUUCCUAAAUCAUAUCAAGAGAAAGUCAUUAAUUUAUUACAAUAUAUUAAAGAAACUGAUAAUGAUUUAUUAACUCGAGAACAUGCCCAACUGGUUUUAGAUACUAUUCAAGAGUUAUCAUAUGUCCCUGUUGAAAACUUACUGAUAUAAGCCAUCAUGUGUAUAACGUAUAUGUAAUCUAUGUAUAUAGGGUAAACUUAAUAGAUGCAAAUUUUAUUUGCGACCGUUGCGACAUUAAUAGAUGUAAAAAGUCGUGAUGAUCUACGCGACAUAAAUUAUUGCUAAUCAUUUAAAUUUCAAUUUGUAAGGUAAUUAUACUUUCUUUUGCCAUUAAACACCAGAAGUUUAAAGAUAAAUGUCAUUCUCAAGGGGUGUGUUGAGUGAAGAGCAACGGGCUCGAAUAGAAUCAAAUAGAAAGCGAGCUUUAGAAAGGUUACAAGCUAGACAAGGAGGAAGUCUAACUGGAUCAGUAGCAGCUUCAACAUCAACAACUAGUCCUAAUAGAGUUGAUAAAAAUCAUAAUGUCUCCCCCUCAAAGUCAAAGUCGGAUUC